GAUAGGCUCUUGGUGUCUCGCAAAUGUCUGUCAACAAAUGGCCUCCCUCCCCUUUGCUUUGCAGAUUUUGUUUAAGUGAAAAGGUACUACAGUAUUCCAGCUUUCCAAAUGCUGAGCGUCCCCGGCCGCUUUCACCUUGAACAGGGGGUGGAGGGGGAAGGAUUUAUGGUCGGGAAGAUGUUACAGGAUGCAGCGUGCCGCAGAAUCUGAAUCAUUUCUCUCUCGCCUUCUCUUGCUGGUCUGUGUGUUUGUGUGAGUGUGUGUGGUGUGUGGUGUGUGUGUGUGUGUGUUUAAGACCUUCCCACUUGUGGCCUGCAGCAGAUGGCAAAGCAGGGGACUAGAUUAGCAGCAACCCUGGACAGGAGUCACCACACUCUGCUACCUACUUCUUUGUGAUGAAGGCGAGGCCCAAAUUGGAGAGGACCCCCCCCCUCCCCCCCCACAACCCCUCACCCUUCGACCUGAAUGAACCUGGAGUGUGAAAGCAGGGACUGUGCGAGGCGGGGCCUGGGGAAGAAUGGAACAAAACACUUUCUCUCGCAUAAGACUCUGGUGCCCCAGGCCUCUUGGCACCUACUCCCAGAACAAGCAAUGCUGCAUCAGCGUCAAGAAGACCACGGGUGACGCCCGGUCCAAGGAGAGUGAGGCCUCGUGCUCGGAGAACUUGCCCCCCGCCCCCGCUAACCCCGGCGGGGGGGACGCUGCCCCGGGGGAUGGGCAAGGGGAGGAGGGGCGGGUCAUGCUGGACACCUGGUACGUCAUCAAGCCGGGCAACACCAAGGAGAAGAUCGCCUUCUUCGUGGCGCACCAGUGCGGCGUCGGCGGCAGCAGCCGGAGUAACGCGGUGAAGGUCAAAGGCAACUGGAGCACGGACGGGACGAAGCCCAAGAGGAGGCGGAAGUCGCACGACCCGGCCAAGGGCCGCCCGUUUGAACACAAACCAAAGAGUGUCAUGUCAAGUCAGGUGAGACACCUCAUCUCGCUCAUCGACUUCCAGCGCUUAUGGAAUAUUUUCUUGGUACCAAUGCUAAUCGAGCGAUACCCAGGGUCAGAGGGCAUCAAACUUGUCCGGCAGCACAUCCAGGGGCAUCUAGAGUCGUUGCUUGCCCAGUGGACGGUGGAACUGGACACCUUUGAGGACAGCACUCCACAUGGCAUGCUGGUGUUCUCCAACAUUGUGGCCACGCUCGACCCCUCUGCUAGGCGCCGCCUGGUCUUGGCCUGUCACUAUGACUCCAAGUACUUCCCGCGCGAUGAUCAAGGGCGAGUCUACGUGGGUGCCACUGACUCAGCUGUGCCGUGUUCCAUGAUGCUGGAGCUGGCGCGCUCACUGGACAAAGAGCUAGUUAAGCACAAGGGCAAGAAACUGGAUCUGACUCUCCAGAUGCUAUUCCUGGAUGGUGAGGAGGCACUUGUUAGCUGGACACCCACAGACUCUCUCUACGGUUCCCGUCAUCUGGCUGAACGCAUGAGCAGGACAAAACACCCAGUAAACACUGCUAGCACCACACUGAUCGACUCGGUGGACAUGUUUGUGCUCCUGGACCUUCUUGGUGUGGCCAAGCCGGUCUUCCUGAAUCACUUCAAGGACACAGCCCAGUGGUUUAAUCGGCUGGUUGGAAUCGAGAAGAGGCUUCAUAACCUGGGGCUGUUGCAACUGCAUCCUCUGGAGGUGACAUACUUCAACGGAAACACAUACUACGGCCCCAUCGAAGAUGACCACGUUCCUUUUCUGAGGAAAGGAGUUCCAAUCCUGCACCUGAUUUCCACCCCUUUUCCACGCGUCUGGCACACGAUGGAUGACACGGCGGAGAAUUUGCACCCGCCCACUAUCGAGAACCUCUGCAAGAUCCUGAGCGUGUUCCUAAUGGAGUACUUGGGGCUGUAACAGCGAGCGAGACGGUGGGCACGACACCACGAGGAUUGCAGUGGACAUUGGAGUCAGUCAAAGGAGUGACUCCUUGCACAGAGAGGGGAAGUUUUCAACCAAACUGAAAUGCAUGCUAUGUGCACUGAAUACUUGACGACAGUGUGAAUAUUCUCUGAUUGGUGCACAGAAUGCCUCGAUCUGUCUCCUGGGGACAGUGCUCUAUGUCUUUCUUGUGUCAAUGGUUAUGUGUCAAUCAUUUCUCCCCUGUUUAUAUGUGUCUGUUCCUCCACAUGCCUGUCUGUGUCUCUCACUCAAUGUCUGUCUCACUUUGUGUCUGUAUCUCUUUCACUCUCUCUUUCCCUCUAACAGUGAAAUGGCCUUUUCCCCAUUUCUUUCUGUAUCUCUGUUUUCUCCCCUCCAUCUCGUCUCUGAUUCACAAGGUUCUAGGUUCAAGUCCCACUCUGGGGAUUGAGCAGAAAAAAAACCACGAGGCUGCCACUCCAGUGCAGCACCGAGGGAGUUAGAGGUGACAUCUUUCAAUUGAGACAUUAAGUUAAGGCCCUGCCUGUUCAAGUGGAUGUAAAAGAUUUUGAAGACAUUUUGAAGAAGAGCAGGGGAGUUCUCCCCAGUGUCCAGACCAGUAUUAAUUUCUCAGUCAACAGCAAUAAAAUCAGAUUAUCUGGUCAUUAUCACAUCGCUGUUUGUGGGAUCUUGCUGUGCGCAAAUUGGCUGCUGCAUUUCCUACAUUACAACAGUGACCAUAUUUCCAAAAGUAUCUCAUUGUCGACAUACAGUGGCCGUGAGAAGCGCUAUAUCAAUGCAAGUCUUUCCUUUUCUCUCUUUUGGUUUGUUCUAUGUCUGUUUCUGCGCAUGUGCCUCUCUUGAGUCUGUAAUGUCUUUUUCUGUACAGCGUGAGUGACUAAUUCCAUGCUCGCCUCCCGUUCUCUGUCUCAUUCAUUAUCUCUCGCUCUCUCCAUUAGUCAGAGACCUUGUCUCUUUGUCAGUCCUAUUCUCGUUAAUUAGCCCAGUAUGAUUUGGGAUGGGGGUGGGGGAGGCGGUGAGUUUGAGGACGGGAUGAAUCGACGGAGUGUGUCGCGUGCCAGCUUGAUGGACUGGAACACGGAGCGCUGAAGGUGCGUCCCUGCAGCUGAGAUCUGAAAUUGAAGCCGUCUGCUCAAGGGGUUGUUCAAGGUGAUGCUGUUUGAAGCUUCGUCUUGUCACUAGUUACCGGAUCGCGCUAAGCAUUAAAAUUGGCUGCUACGG